GAGCGCAUCCGCGUCCCAGCCGCCGCCGCCGCCCCCGGGGCAUGGCCUGUCUGAUGGCCGCUUUCUCCGUCGGCACCGCCAUGAACACCAGUGGCUACUCUGCGGCGAUGACCGAGCCCACGUCCGUGUGCGUCUCGGUGGACGACGGGUUCUCGGGCAACAUGGACUCCGCGGAGACGGAGCUGAUGAACGGGCACUUGACGAAGGUGGACAACAGCCUCACGGAGGCCCAGCGCUUCUCCUCACUGCCGCGGAGGGCGGCCGUGAACAUCGAAUUCAAGGACCUUUCCUACUCGGUUCCCGAGGGGCCCUGGUGGAGGAAGAAAGGGUACAAGACCCUUCUGAAGGGGAUUUCUGGGAAGUUCAACAGCGGACAGCUGGUGGCCAUCAUGGGCCCCUCGGGGGCCGGGAAAUCCACGCUCAUGAACAUUCUGGCCGGAUACAGGGAGACGGGCAUGAAGGGGGCGGUCCUCAUCAACGGCACGCCCCGGGACCUGCGCUGCUUCCGGAAGGUGUCCUGCUACAUCAUGCAGGACGACAUGCUGCUGCCACACCUCACGGUGCACGAGGCCAUGAUGGUGUCUGCGCACUUGAAGCUGCAGGAGAAAGACGAAGGCAGGAGGGAGAUGGUCAAGGAGAUCCUGACGGCACUCGGCUUGCUGACCUGCGCCCACACCCGCACGGGGAGCCUGUCGGGCGGGCAGCGGAAGCGUCUGGCCAUCGCGUUGGAGCUGGUCAACAACCCGCCCGUCAUGUUCUUUGACGAGCCCACCAGUGGCCUGGACAGCGCCUCCUGCUUCCAGGUGCUCUCGCUCAUGAAGGGCCUGGCUCAGGGCGGCCGGUCCAUCAUCUGCACCAUCCACCAGCCCAGCGCCAAGCUCUUCGAGCUCUUCGACCAGCUUUACGUGCUGAGCCAGGGCCAGUGUGUGUACCGGGGCAAGGUCUCCAACCUCGUGCCGUAUUUAAGGGACCUGGGGCUGAGCUGCCCCACCUACCACAACCCGGCCGACUUCGUCAUGGAGGUCGCGUCCGGCGAGUACGGCGAUCAGAAUGGCCGCCUGGUUCGAGCGGUGCGGGAGGGCAUGUGUGACUCGGACUACAAGCGGGACCUGGGGGGCGAAGCCGAGGUGAACCCCUUCCUCUGGCACCGGCCCUCUGAGGAGGUAAAGCAGGGGUUGAGACAGGACUCCGCCUCCGUGGAGGGCUGCCACAGCUUCUCGGCCAGCUGCCUCACCCAGUUCUGCAUCCUGUUCCGGAGGACGUUCCUCAGCAUCAUGAGAGACUCCGUCCUGACGCACCUGCGCAUCACCUCGCACAUCGGGAUCGGCCUCCUCAUCGGCCUGCUCUACCUGGGGAUCGGGAAUGAAGCCAAGAAGGUGUUGAGCAACUCCGGCUUCCUCUUCUUCUCCAUGCUCUUCCUCAUGUUUGCCGCCCUCAUGCCCACGGUCCUGACGUUUCCGCUGGAGAUGGGGGUCUUCCUCCGGGAACACCUGAACUACUGGUACAGCCUGAAGGCCUACUACCUCGCCAAGACCAUGGCCGACGUCCCCUUCCAGGUCCUGUUCCCCGUGGCCUACUGCAGCAUCGUGUACUGGAUGACCUCUCAGCCGUCCGACGCCGUGCGGUUCAUCCUGUUCGCCGCGCUGGGCACCAUGACCUCGCUCGUGGCCCAGUCCCUGGGGCUGCUGAUCGGAGCGGCCUCCACUUCCCUGCAGGUGGCGACGUUCGUGGGCCCCGUGACGGCCAUCCCGGUCCUGCUGUUCUCAGGGUUCUUCGUCAGCUUCGACACCAUCCCCACGUACCUGCAGUGGAUGUCCUACAUCUCCUACGUCAGGUAUGGGUUCGAGGGGGUCAUCCUGUCCAUCUACGGCCUGGACCGGGAAGACCUGCACUGUGACACGGACGAGACGUGCCACUUUCAGAAGUCGGAAGCCAUCUUGCGGGAGCUGGACGUGGAGAACGCCAAGCUGCACCUGGACUUCCUGGUGCUGGGCGUCUUCUUCGUCUCCCUGCGCCUCAUUGCCUACCUCGUCCUGAGGUACAAGAUCCGGGCCGAGAGGUAGAAGCCCGGGGGCCAGCACACGGGAUGAGUAGAUGUUGCUCGGCCAAGGGUGCUCCUGGAAUGGCGGCGGCCAGCCCACGCCCCUGCUGACACGGAGACCCUCCCGACCCACCCUGGACUCUGCGUGUGGUCUGUGGGGCCCUGGAGCCCUGCUUCUGUGCCCAGCGAGGUCAGAUACCCUCUCCGGUUCCCUCUCUAGCUUUAACUAGGAAGCUGCAGGCAGGGUUUUCUAGGCGUACCACACCUGGGGCCACCAUGCAACCUGGCUGGUGAUGGACAGGAGGCUUCGAGAUUCUCCCCGGGACCAGGGGGCGCCUGUCCUGGACCGGGCGUUCCGUGCCAUCUCUCAGUUGGCCAUUGUGUGGGUAGGGGUCUGGAGCAGAAGGCCCCCGUGUGGAGCGAUCCCCUCUGAUGACUUUUGCUAGCUCCAUCUUUGUGAGGGUUGUCUCUCUCCCCAGAAGUCACUUUUCCAAGCCGAGAGUUGAUACAUUGUAUCUGUUUGUAACUGUUGAGUACCUGUUGGUUGCAGGCUCAGCACCGACUUCGUCAGGAGCCUGGGCGGUUCGCAGCCUGACCACUGAGCUGGCCUCACUGCCAGGCCGAGCUUGGGAGCGUCCCGUGCAGGCUGUGGCUGGAGGGGACUCAGAGUCACGCAACAGAAUCGGCCAGAGCUUCCAGCUUUUGUCUUUCUGCUGGCUUGUUGCUUUUAGUUUUAAACAAAAUGUGUCUGUGUCCCCGGCUUCCUGCCCACCUUCAUUCUGCCCAAAGUGUCUAGGUCAGCUCUGUUGAUUUUUUUUUUUUAAAUCUUUUGUCGCAUAUCACAUCAGCUACCUCCACUGAGCCUGGGAAGCCGAGUGCCUGUUCAGAAGCGUCAGGUGUGGCCUUGGAGGGUGGGGUCUACAGAGCAGCCGCCGAGCGAGGGGCUGGGACGCCCACGAGAUGUCGAGGGAUUGAGGGAUCGGUGGCAUCUGGGAGCUUUGUCUGCAGGUAGCAGAGAU